AUGUCUAUUAAAAGGAAAAGUGAAAACAUCACAAAUGAUCAAUUAAAAGAAGCUGUUACUCCUUCAAUUAAACCAUUUGAAGUUAUUCAAAAUGCAAGUAAAGUAAUAGACCAUAUGAGUCAUAUUACACGAGAACAAGAUAUUUUAUUAAAGAAAGAAAAGUGGUAUAAAGAUAUUAAUAUAUAUCGUUUAAGUUUUGUCAUGGUGAUGAAUUUUUGUUAUUUCCUUUUUGAAUUAAUAAUAGGAUUAUAUUUAAAUUCUCUCAUUCUAACUGUUGAUUCUUUUAAUAUGUUAAGUGAUAUUCUUUCUCAAAUAAUUGGAUUAACUGCUACUAUUAUUAUGAAACAAAAUUUUAGUAGUAAAUUUACUUACGGCUUUACUCGAGCAGAGGUUACUGGGGCAUUUAUUAACAGUGUCUUUCAAAUAUCAAUUGGGUUGUUUAUGUCAAUUCAGUCUAUUGAAAGUUUCUUUGAAUUAGAAGAAGUAAAAGACCCAUUAUUUCUUCUUGCUGUGUCUGGAGGUGGAUUAGUUGUGAAUAUCAUUGGAAUGAUUAUUCUCCAUGAAUAUAGCUGUAUUAAGAAGGUAAAUAAAAAAAUAAAUUCAUCAAACAAAAAAGAAGAAGAGAAGUCAGAAAAAAGUGAAGUUGAGUUGAAACAAAUAAAAAUUCAAGAUGAACCUCAACAAGAAAUAACUCAAGUAGAAGACCCAUUUAGUGCAAUACGAACUCAUGGGACUAAAAGAAUGUUAGUAACACCAACACUACCAAAUGAAAAAGAAAUUAGUAUAGAACCACAAGACAUUGAAGAAAAUAAAAAUGUUUCAACUAAAAAGAAAAAUAUCAAUAUUAAAGGUGUUUUUAUUCAUGUUUUUGGAGACGCCCUAGGGAGUGUAGCAACAAUUUUCGUUGCUUUAUGUGUUUAUUUAAUAAAUGGACAUUGGAAAUAUUAUCUUGAUCCUAUUUCAAGUCUUAUAGUUUCAUUAGUAAUGAUGGUUUCUGGUAUGCCUUUAUUAUAUUCAUGUAUUCGAAUUGUUAUGCAAGUUGUUCCUAAACGAUUUGACUUAGAAAAGAUUAGAGAAACUAUUUUAGAACAUCCAGAUGUUGUUGGGGUUCAUGACCUUCAUAUAUGGCAAUUAAACAAUAAAAUUGGUGUUGCAACAUUAAAAGUUGAGUUAAAUGAAAAAGUUGCUUCACAAGGAAGUGUUAGUGAUGAUAUAAGAAAAAUAUUAAAUAAUAAUGAUAUUCCAUUAACGACUAUUGAAUGUAUAUGUCCAACUCCUAAAAGAACACCGUCAUCAAGAGAAUGUUUCUUUUGA